AUGCUCAUAGACCGUGUCUUCCCAGCUGUCAGAGCUGUUUGGCCAGGCGGUAAACGUCGUGCUAUAUUUGUGCAACAGGACAAUGCUGGUCCCCACGUCGUCGAGUAUGACCCUGUUGUAGCUGCCGCUGGCGUUCAAUAUGGUUGGACGCUAAAAGUAAGAUGUCAACCUCCCCGCUCCCCAGAUAUGAGCGUGCUCGACUUAGGUUUCUUCAAUUCAAUCCAGUCCCUCCAAUAUCAAGAGGCAACCUACACCAUCGACCAGCCAAUAGCCACUGUUGACCGUGCAUUCAAGGCAACUACGUCCACGACGCUUGAUCACUGUUUUAUGACGUUACAAAGCGUUAUGGAAACAGUGAUCAAGCACCACGGCAAGAACGACAACAAGUUUUAG